AUGGUUUUGAUCGCCACUGCUGGCACCAACUCGAACGUCCUGAUCUCUGCAGCCCCAGCUGUAGCUCUCUCUUCUGGAUCAGAUGCUCCCACUCCCACCGUCCACACCGCCAUCCUCGCUGAUAGACCUGGCUCCUACUCCACUCAAGUCGACCAUCCAGUCGUCACCCAGGUCAUUCACAGGCGUCAGGGCGAGGAGGAUGAUGACGACUUUCGCCACCAGCUCGACCAUGUCAUGGAAUGCUAUGUCCGCACUCAAGUCGUCAAGAUCUGCAACCGUGCCAAGACUGGUGUAGAAUCCGUUGAUGAAGGUAAGGAUUCCGAGACUGAAGGCGACGUCGAGUCCUCCAAGCGUCGAAUGCAGGUUUAUGGAAAGAUUCAAUACGUCAAACCUGCCGACAUCAGGAUGCGCGAUUACCCCUCCACCUCCACCACCAUCGCUUCUGAGGAGGAGUCCGAGGAGGGUGUUGCCCUGUCCAAGCGCCGAAUGGGGAAAUCUGGGCAGAUCCAAACCGUCCACCCUGACGACUACAUGAAGCGCGAUCUUCCUUCCUCUACCACCACGCCUAAGGACGAGCAAGAGGACAAGUCAGAAUCUGUGUCCGAGUCUGCGGAUGAGUCUGUGGGUAAGGUUGAUUUGUCCAAGCGUAGAGAGAUGCCUAAUUCCUGGGUUCGCUGGAUGAGCCCCAGUAACCUCAACCAGCGCGAUCUCCCAUCCACUGCCUCCACACUUGAAUACGAGUCCACGUCCGAGUCCAAGUCUGAGAAUGGUGGCUAUUUGUCCAAGCGUCGAAUGAGAGCCAAUGGGACGAUUAGAUAUGUCAACCCUGGCCACUACAAGCGCGAGAACGUCCCCUCUGCCGCACACACCAAUACUACUAUUACCGCCGAGGAGAGGUUAAAGCCCAUGGUCGAAGAAGCGAAAGCGGAGGAAGAAAGUGUCAAACUAUCUAAGCGUCGGUUGAUCAAAUCGAUUCUCAGUACCCCAAUCAUUGGAACCAUCCGCUAG